GCCGCCAAAAUAAACGAAUAUUGUCUUGUGUUGCAUAGAAUUUUGAACUUGUAUAUUAUAACAACGUUAUUCCAACUGUUAAUUUCAUUGUGAAAAGUUCUUACAAAUCUAAACAUGUCACGAAGGGAUUAUGAAAAGGACAAAGAGUCUUUAAAGACUUUUUUUAUGGAGUUUUGUAUCCAAGAUGAAUCAGGCUCCAAGAAUUUUAAAUAUUCCAAUCAGUUAACAAAAUUAGCUCAUCGAGAACAAACUGAGAUGUAUGUUGAAUUAGAUGAUGUACAUGAUUUCAAUGAUGAGUUAUGUGAUUCCAUUAAGAAUAACACUCGACGUUAUACCAGUAUGGUUUCGGAUAUUGUACAAGAAUUGUUACCACAAUUCAAAGAACAUGAUAUUAUUGCUAAGGAUGCAUUGGAUGUUUAUAUUGAGCAUCGACAGAUGAUGGAGAACAGAAUGAGGCAACCAAAUGAAGCUAAAUCUACAAGCAACCAAUUUCCACCUGAACUUAUGCGCAGAUAUGAAAUUUAUUUCAAAGAUAGUACUCUCAGUAAAACACAGCCUAUAAGGGAUGUUAAAGCUGUACAUAUUGGUAAAUUGGUAACAGUAAGAGGUAUUGUUACAAGAAGUACUGAGGUGAAACCCAUGAUGUGUGUAGCUACCUACACUUGUGAUCAGUGUGGCUCAGAAACUUAUCAACCAGUUAAUUCCCUAAGCUUCAUGCCAUUGACUAUGUGUCCAAGUGAUACAUGUCGCAUCAAUAAAUCAGGAGGUCGUUUGUAUCUUCAAACCAGAGGUUCAAAAUUCGUCAAAUUCCAGGAAGUCCGAAUUCAAGAACACAGCGACCAAGUUCCAGUUGGACACAUUCCACGAUCAUUGACGAUCUUUUGCAGAGGUGAAGUUACUCGUAAAGCUUUGCCUGGUGAUCAUAUUGCAGUCACGGGCAUAUUCCUACCUUUGAUUAGGACAGGAUUCAGACAGAUUUCGGGUGGAUUAUUGUCUGAAACUUAUUUGGAGGCGCAUCGCUUGGUUUCCCUUAACAAGGCUGCGGAAGACGAAAGUGCCUCUGCUUCAUUGACUUCGGAAGAAUUACGAGAGCUUACUGAAGACGAUUUUUAUACUAAAUUUGCCAUGUCUUUGGCACCUGAAAUCUAUGGCCAUUUAGAUGUUAAAAAGGCACUGCUCUUGUUGUUAGUUGGUGGUGUUGAUAAAAGACCCGAUGGCAUGAAAAUCCGUGGAAAUAUAAAUAUAUGUCUUAUGGGUGAUCCCGGUGUUGCUAAAUCGCAAUUAUUGGGAUACAUAGAUAGGUUGGCUCCGAGGAGUCAAUAUACAACUGGAAGAGGUUCUUCGGGCGUCGGUUUGACAGCAGCUGUCAUGAAAGAUCCAUUAACCGGAGAGAUGAUGCUCGAAGGUGGAGCUUUGGUCUUGGCCGAUCAGGGUGUCUGUUGUAUUGACGAAUUUGACAAAAUGGCUGAUGGUGACAGAACUGCUAUCCAUGAGGUCAUGGAACAGCAAACAAUUAGUAUUGCUAAGGCUGGUAUUAUGACUUGUUUGAAUGCUCGCGUCUCGAUUUUGGCUGCAGCUAAUCCAGCGUAUGGUCGUUACAAUCCGAAAAGAACAAUCGAACAGAACAUUCAGCUGCCAGCAGCUUUACUUUCGCGUUUCGAUUUACUUUGGUUAAUCCAAGAUAAGGCAGACCGCGACAAUGAUUUGCGCCUAGCCAAACAUAUCACCUAUGUACAUCAGCAUUGUAAGCAACCACCAAUGCAAAUCCAGGCAUUAGAUAUGUCUGUUAUGAGGAAGUAUAUUGCUUUGUGCAAACUCAAAGAUCCUGCAAUCCCAGAAGAUCUUACCGAAUUUAUCGUUGAGGCAUAUGUAGAGUUACGCAAAGAAGCUCGCAAUUCCAGAGAUAUGACAUUCACAUCUGCCCGUAAUUUGUUGGGUAUUUUGCGUUUGUCUACCGCGUUAGCGAGGUUGCGUUUAUCCGGUAUUGUGGAAAAGGACGACGUGAAUGAGGCUAUUCGAUUGAUGGAAAUGAGCAAAGACUCCCUCAAUCAAAACGUGGAGACUAAAGGAUACAGGCCACCGAAUGUCCAUGAUAAGAUCUUUGGCAUUAUCCGUGAGAUGGCCGGGGAGAGUAAGACAGUCAAGUUAUCCGAUAUUGUUCCGAAAUGUGUUGGGAAAGGUUACAAACCCCAUCAAAUUGAUGAUUGUAUUGAAGAAUACGAAGAACUCAACGUCUGGCAGAUAAACCAGACUCGAACGAAAGUUACAUUUAUUUAAAUAAUCAUUCUUAUUAUA